CAUCGAGAAAAGGAAAAAGUAAAAAGCUCGGGGGAUCUUUACUGCCCUGCCGUGUCGCAUAACAAGCCACCAUCUCUUCAACCUUCCAUAGCCAUCUGGUCCGUCCGUGACAUCCACCUUUUCAAUCUCCGCCGUUUAUUUCUUCCUCGUUUACCCCGAAAUCUUCUCGGUCUAUUUAAUGCUGUUAGGGUUUCUAUAUCUCUGUUAUAAUCUCCACCCUCCGAUCCAAAUCCAACGGCUAAAAACGAUCGAAGUCCCCGCACUAAAAUACCAAUAUUUUUUCGUUUCUGUAAAUUUCUAUUAUUUUCACGUCUAAACCCUAGAAACUCUCGUGAAAUCGAACAAACCCUAGUUCUCUCCUCGAACUGCCACAGAAAAUUCGAAAAAGACCGAGAAAUUUAUCGAUUCCACGUCCAGGGCCCCAGAUCCCGACACUCUCCUCUCCCAUCCGCGGGAAAAAUUUCCUUUUUUCGGGCGUUUUUUAAUCCAGAUCUGAAAUUUGGGCUUCGGUUCUUGGAAUAUGUAUGAUGGAUGAUGAAAAUCGGGGAUUUAGGUCUUGUAGAUGGAAGUUUCCGAAAUCUCUGAGAAAUCGAGGUCUUUGGAUCUCCAAAGCCUCUAUGGUGAGAAACCUAGGGUGUCCGGUGAGAAGUCAAGGACCGAGAAUGGUCGGGAGGAAAUCAGGGCUCUGAAGCGCAAGCGUCGUUCGUCUUCCCCAGCGAAGAAACGAAGAAAGGGUAGAAAAGAGGUUUCUCUCCGCACUUUUGCAACUGUCGUUUCGGACAGUAAGAAGGGUUCAAAUGCGGUGGGCCACAGUGGGUCGAAUUCCGUACCGUUGAAGUUAAGCGGGUUUGUGUUGUAUGGGAAGAAUCGGGCUAAGAAGAAGAAUGGAUCGGUCUUGGGGGAUGGCAAUUUGAAGAAUUCGAGUAGUUUGAAUAAUGUUUCACAUGGUUUGGGUGAUAGUGUUAUUGUAAUUCCAAAGCGUCCUCGAGGUUUCUUUGGUCAGAAGAAAUUUCAAAAUGAUCAUGUUGGUAAGCAGGCGGUGAGUUCUCAGGAAAUUAGAGCAACCAGUCUUGGUACUGCUUCUAGUCACAAGACCAGCUCUGAAGUUCAGAGAAGUAAUUUAAAUGGGGAUUCGAUCGCCCCUGUUCCGUCUUCAACAGGUAAGCGGAAGAAAAUUGCUGAUGAAUUUAAGGAGAAUAACUCCAUUAGAGCCAAUUCGGAUUUGUGGGUUAAUGGCGAAGAUGGUAGUGGAAAUUUGGCACCGAAGGUCCGCAGAAAUCGUAGGAAGAGGCAGAAACCAGCAGUGGAGAUGCAAGCUCAUGAUAUUGAGUUGCCUGUGGUUGCAAAUGUUGUUAAGGUUUUCGAAGACAUGAAAGAAGAUGACGAGGAGAACCUUGAACAGAAUGCUGCUAGAAUGCUUUCAUCUCGGUUUGAUCCAAGCUGCACUGGGUUUUCGAGGAACAGCACAGAUUCUAAAUUACAAUCUGCUGAUGGGUCAUUGUAUCCAUCAUUUUUUCACAGGGAAUUCAAGAGUUCAGGCACAAGUGCUUUGGCAGAGUCUGAGUCUGCCUCUGUUGAUGCUGCGGGGAGGGUUUUGCGACCAAGGAAACAACACAGACAUAGAGGUCUUUUCAGGAGGCGUAGGCGCCAUUUUUAUGAGAUGUGCUCUACAGACCUGGAUGCGUAUUGGGUUGUAAACCAGAGGAUCAAGGUCUUUUGGCCCUUGGACAAGAGUUGGUAUUUUGGUGUUGUUAAGGAUUAUGAUACGGUAACCAAGUUACAUCAUGUUAAGUAUGAUGACCGUGAUGAAGAAUGGAUUAACCUCCAAAAUGAAAGAUUUAAGCUCUUGCUACUCCCUGGUGAAGUCCCUUGUAAAUUUAAUUCGAAUAAAUCGCGGAUGACAGGGAAACAAGUUGAUGAAAGUGAAGAUGUUAAUGGCUUGCAUGAUAGUUGUACGGGUAACUUUAUGGAUUCAGAGCCCAUUAUAUCAUGGUUGGCUCGGUCAACUCAUCGAGUGAAAUCUUCCCCACUUGGUAUGGGAAAGAAGCAGAAAAGAUCCCAUGCUGGUAAGAAUGUUUUACAUCCUACAUUGUUAGAUAGCUCUGCUAAAACACCAAACAGAUGCUUGGCUGUGCCUCUUUCAAGAAAGGAUACGGAUGAAUUAUCCAUUGGUUCUGUAAUGAUGGCGAGAUCUGUGGAUGGAGAAAUUGCUGAUAAAUCUAUCGUAAAUAGCAGUGCAUGUGCCAAUGACAGGAAGCUACCUCUUGUUUAUUUCAGAAGGCGCUUCCGCAAGGGACAGCCUGGGUUGGGUAAUACAUCGGAGGAGAGUUCUGUUGCUGGUUCUGUUACCUUGCUCGCUUCUGUUGCUGACAGUGUGGGGGCUCUGGAAGAAUUUGAUAUUGUCCUUCAAAGUUCCAGGAUGAAAGGUUCAAAGCACUCUGAUCAGGAGAGUCUGUUGCUAUUCGGGGAAACUUUUUCUUUGUCAAAAUUGCCUGUGUCUCCAAUGGAAUUAGAAGUAAAGCUACGACUAAGCCUACCACUUCUACGGGUUCUUAAUCUUGUGUUUGGAGCUGAAAACUUUUGGCUGCAUAAUACUCUUCUGUUGCUUCGGUAUGGUACAGUGAUGAUUGCAUGGCCAAAGGUUCAUUUGGAAGUGCUUUUCAUUGACAACACUGUCGGGUUAAGAUAUCUAUUGUUUGAAGGAUGCUUAUUGCAGGCUGUGGCUUUUAUGUGUUUCAUCAUGGGUGUAUUUCAACAACCAAAUGAUCGUGGCAAGCAUGGAAACCAGCAGGUACCUGUCACUUCUAUCAGGUUUCAGCUUUCGGGUUUGCAGGGCCUUGGAAGACAGCUGGUAUUCGUCUUCUACAGCUUCUUGGAGCUUAGAAGUUCAAAAUGGUUGUACCUUGAUAAUAAACUCAGAAGAUACUGUAUAGUCACUAAGGAGCUACCUCUUGCCGAGUGCACAUAUGGCAACAUAAUGAUCCUUCAAAGUGGAAUUGAUCAAACUCCAAAUACAUCAGUUAUUGAAGAGCCAGUUUUCUUUAAGGGUUCACAGAAGAGGACGAGGCAGGGCAUUAAGCACCGGGACUAUUCUUCUUGUAAAUACGAUGAGAAGCGUGGAAGACUACCUCCAUUCGUUCUUUCUUUUGCUGCUGCACCAACUUUCUUCCUCAGCCUUCAUCUCAAUCUGCUGAUGAAAAAUAAUGUUGCUUCCAUCAGCUUUCAAAACCGCAACCCAAUGUCUUUACGAGGACAUCCAGAAAAGUAUGAUGCAGUGACUGGUGGUGCCUGCUCUUUGGUUGAUAAUUCUGCAAACCAAGUUUCGGAAACACUAGAUCAUAUGGAGCAUUCUUUGAGCCAGGAUGCUGCUGCUUCUUCUAGAUGGUUGUCUUGUGCACAUUCCAAGGUAGAGAUGGAUGCUCUCUCCAUGAACAGAGAUGGUGAUUGGAUAAAGACUUCUCAGAACAAUGCUCUCAGUGUGACUGGAACUGCCGUAGGUUUCCAAGAUUCACAAAAGAACGAGAGUUUUGAGACUGUCAGUCAACUUGACCAGUGUCCGUGCCAUGCAGGAUCAUGUGGAUAUGCUGGGAUAUCAUGGUCUUCAGCUCCUGAGGAUCUAUCUGCACAAGAUAAGUCUGAAACUAGAUGCCUUUCAUGCUUGAAUAGCACCAAUGUUCAAACUCCAGAACUUGGCCAAACAGAUUGUCAACCAUUUGACAAGGGAGCGCUAUCCACACAACUAUGUGUGGCUGACUUGGCCUGGAGCAUGAAUGACUGCACCAUCCGUAGCCCAAACCCAACUGCACCUAGAAGCAUAUGGCAUCGCAACAGACGGAGCUCGUUUUCUUCUUCAUUUUCUUAUCACUCAAAGACGUGGCCGGACGGAAGGGCAGAUUUCGUCCGCAAUGGCUGUGUUAAUGGUUCGAGGAAGCCCCGAACUCAGGUUUCCUAUUUGUUGCCUUUCGGGGGUUAUAACUUUGGCUCGAAGCCUAGAAGCCAUCACCGGAAAGGACGCCCUUACAAGAGAAUCAAGAACGAUGGUGUGAAGAGGAUAUCUGAUGGUUUGAGAAGUCCUCAGAUAUACCCAGAGAUGUUAUCUUGUGAUGCAAAUGUCUUGGUCACAGCAGGUGACAGAGGGUGGAGAGAAUGUGGGGCCCAAGUCGUACUAGAAUCUCCUGAUCAUAAGGAUUGGAGGCUUUUGGUAAAAAUUUCAGGGAUGACUAGGUAUUCACACAAGGCGCACCAGUUUCUGCAGCCUGGAACAACAAACCGUUACACACAUGCCAUGAUGUGGAAAGGAGGAAAGGAUUGGAUCUUGGAAUUUUCUGAUAGAAGCCAGUGGAGUCUUUUCAAAGGGUUGCAUGAAGAAUGCUACAAUCGGAAUCUUCGGGCUGCUUCAGUUAAAAAUAUUCCUAUUCCAGGGGUUCGUCUUAUUGAGGACAGUGAUGAUAAUGCUGUUGAAGUGCCCUUUGUUCGCAGUUCACCAAAGUAUUUUCGGCUAGUUGAGACUGAGGUUGACCUGGCUAUGGACCCCUCUCGUGUCUUAUAUGACAUGGAAAGCGAUGAUGAGGAGUGGAUUUCAAAAUUGAGAAAUUCGGAUGGUAAUGGAACUCAGCUACAAGAGAUAUCAGAGGAGAUGUUUGAGAGGGCAAUGGACGUGUUCGAGAAAGUCUCAUAUGCUCACCAGUGUGAUGACUUUUCAAAUGAUGAAAUUGAGUGUUUUAUGGAUGGAGUUGGUCCUGUGGAUGUUAUUAAAGCUAUCCAUGAGCAUUGGCGGCAGAAGAGAAAGAGGAAAGGCAUGCCUUUGAUUCGGCAACUACAGCCUCCAUUGUGGGAGCGGUACCAGCAGCAACUAAAAGACUGGGAAUUGGCAAUGAGCAGAACACAUUACUAUUCCAAUGGGUGCAAGGAGAAGGCAGUGCUGGCUGAGAAGCCUCCUAUGUUUGCUUUCUGUUUGAGACCACGGGGUUUGGAAGUGCCGAACAAGGGUACAAAGCAACGAUCACAUAGGAAGUUCACAGCCAUUGGGCAGUAUGGUGCUUUUUCAAGAGACCAGGAUGGUCAAGUCUUCGGCAGAAAGUUAAAUGGGUUUGCUGCUAUGGGAGAUGAGAAGGCUUUAGUUGCUGUCCAGAGCCAUGAAUCUUUGGAAGUUUCCCCUCGCCUUCAAUUGUCUUCAAGAUCAUCACCUAGGGAUGCAGCUGUCCCGGGAAUUCUGUCAAUGAGCAGUGACAGGUCAGAGAGAAACCAGUAUCCGAAGCUCCAAAGAAAUAAAUCGAAGAAAAUGGGCGUGCAUCUGGCUCCCACAGAUCCUCAAAUGGUGCUGACAUCAUAUAAUCAAAGGUCAAUGGUUAAGAAAAAUGGAGUCAAUCGCUGGAAUAUGGGCAUGCCGGAAUGGCCUACCCUGAGGCAGUUCCAACCCGAUGGGUUUCAUAGGCAGAGAGUUGACCAGUUAGGUGGUUCAGAAUUUGAUGAGUUUAGGUUGCGGGACGCAUCGAGUGCAGCUCAGCAUGCAUCAAACAUGGCGAAACUCAAGCGGGAAAAGGCGCAGAGGUUGAUGCACAAGGCUGAUGUUGCACUUCACAAGGCUGUGGCUGCACUUACGAUUGCAGAGGCGAUGAGAGCUACCGAGGAAGACUUAAUUGGUGAUGGGUGAGUUGACAGCGAAAUGGAGACAUCUUGGGCAUGAAUAUAGCUGGCAGCAUCAAGCAUUGGCUAUAGAUCUGGUGGCCGGAGGCUCUUGGGAGACGUUGGCUUGGGUGUUUUUGCUUGCACGAAGCUCUGCUUAGUUGAGGUGUGGUUUAACCGGGGGAUGGUGCUUGUUUUCGUCAUUAGUGAUGGAUUCCAAGUGAACUUUUGACAUGGCGGCUGUGUGGAAAUGGAAAGAGUCAUCGUCGGUGCGGUUUUGAUGUUCGGAAAACCAUCGACCAUGGGGGCAUGCUUUUUCCCUCUAGGUAGUAUUCUCCAUGCGAAAAAGGGGGGUUGGGGUAGAGUUUUGGUUGCUAAUCUUUGUACAGAAUUUUUUUCUCUUUCUUUUUCUCCUUUUGUUCUUCCUCCCUUUUUCCUUUACCUCAUUUUCAAAGUGUUUGCCGAUAAUAGAGCAAUUGGCCCAAAUAAUACAACACCUGCCGAAUCCGACUCCAUUUGUCUCUGAACUGAACUGUGAAACUCUCAUUCAGUGGAUGAUGAUGAUGGUGUAUGAAGGACCAUAUGAAGCCUAUGAGAGGAUGAUCUUGCAGAUUUGUAUCUCGGGUCCGUCUAUUCCAUCGUACAAGGAAAAAAGUUGAGGAGGAAAAAAACCCUGUAAGUAUCUGUAUAACAUCCCAACAGAGAUAGAAUCUCAAUGUUGUUGCAGUCUCUUGCCUGCUGGUUUUGGAGUUGUGGGGAAUGCUCGAGUGGGUUAUGUGGUGGUCAUUUCUGCCAUCAUCUUGAGUGACUUUGCUGGACUGUCUUUUUAGGUUGCCAAAACCCAUUUACAUCCAUUUUACAUGUGCAGGGUCGGUUAUGUAAUAAUAUCUGAAUCCUGCAGCUAUAGAAAUUUACUUACCGAAUUGUACUUUA